CCUCCUCUCACUCCUCCUGCAGCAGGGAGGGGGGAUUGACCAAUCACGAAACGGGUUGAAGUUAGUUGUAGCUAAUCAGAGAGCAAAGGGGCGGGGUUUGUGUCGAAUACGGGUACGCGUAUUCCCUGACUGAGGAAAGCGAAGAUGGUUUAUUGGAGAGAGUUUGACGCGUCGGUUCAGGACGAUUUUUUUUUUUGCGUCUUUCCUGACAGGAUUGCAGCAGAAAGCGAGUCGCAUCGAAAGUCUCCGGAGACCUUCGAAUAGUUCCUUGAGGUGUUUGUGAAGGAAUUUGGUCUUUUUUCGAGAAGGAAAAAAAAAAAAAAUAUAUUUAUUAUUUGGAUAUGGCAGCGGUUUUUGGUCAGGUCGCGCGAGACACUUUUCCUCAGUGUUGUUAGCUAGCUAGCCGAGACUGGUUUUAGCUUCAACAAUCCGGAUUCAUGUGCUGAAAACUUGCGCGAUAAAUACAAGAAAUAUUUUUUUCUCAAACAUUUAUUUCUACCCAGGACUGUGAUGGUUUGCUUUAAUAGUGACGAACGAAUGCGGUUGUUUGAAAGGCAAAGACCGUAAAUCCAGUCUCCUUGCAGUGUUUCUUCCGUCAAGAAUUCGGAUAAUAUGGAAUUCUCCGUGUGGACACCUUCGAAUUAAAUCCGAAUAAUUAUUGUUGACAUUUUUUGUUGUUUUUAUUUCAUUUAUACGUCACAUUACUUACUGACAAUAGCCAUAAUUAGAUGUUCUAGACCUUGAGCUCAUAGCAAACACUUUACUCAUGAACUUGUAAACAAAAAGGGUUGAUAUUUAUAUUUCUGGUUAAUGGUGGAGGGGAAAAAAACCUCAUCUGACACAUCCAUGUGAAGUCUGUAUUGUGCGACCUUUAAUAAUACUAAUAAUAAUAAUAAUGAUGAUGAUGAAUGUAUUCAAGAGGAACUGUUUCUGGAUGCUGUCUCAGUCUCCAGACUCUGAUUCAUGGCCACGUGUAAUCUCAAUUUUUUAAAGGGGGAAAAAAAAAAUUCUUGUAAUUUUUUUUCUUUAAAGUGUCCGAUUUGUGCUAAGGUAGAAAGAAAACCCCCACAUGGAGAUGUUUUCUCUCUGCUGGACUGGACUGGACUGUAUCUUAUCCCACAGUGGAUAUGAUGUGAAGCUGUAGAUGCUUUCAUGAAGACUCUGUCGACAUCAGCGAGGCUUCGUAAAAGCAAAAAAAAAAAAACCCCCACCACGUUGAAAAACCCUCGAGAAACCGAGACACGGAUCCGUCAUCCGUGCAUGAUUCGGAUCGGAUUUUAUCCUAAACUGAGGACUAAAGCUUGAACCCUGAAGAUGGGAUCUGCGACUAAACUUGCGCUCGCUGUCUUCCUCAUCUCCUGCACAUCAGGGGCAAUCUUAGGCCGGUCGGAAACCCGGGAGUGCAUGUUCUACAACUCCAACUGGGAGAAAGACCGGACGAACCGCAGCGGCAUCGAGCCGUGCAGCGGGGAGAAAGACAAGCGCAGACACUGCUUCUCCACGUGGAAGAACAGCUCGGGAACCAUCGAGCUCGUCAAACAGGGCUGCUGGCUUGACGACGUCAACUGCUACGACAGUAGUGAGUGUGUGGAGAGGAAGGACAGCCCAGAAGUGUUUUUCUGCUGCUGUGAGGGCAACAUGUGUAACGAGAAGAUUUACUACAGCCCAGAAUCCCAAGCUGUACAGACUACGUCGAAUCCUCUGACGCCAAAACCCGAGCUGCUCAACACUCUGCUCUACUCUCUGGUGCCAAUCAUGGGCAUUGCUGCCAUCCUGCUCUUCUCCUUCUGGAUGUACCACCACCACAAGCUGGCGUACCCACCUGUGCUUGUCCCCACACAGCACGCCUUUCAUAUAAUGAUAGAGGAUCCUGGGUUGACUCCGCCCUCUCCGCUCCUGGGACAAAAGCCGUUGCAGUUGCUGGAGGUCAAAGCCAGGGGGCGCUUUGGCUGCGUGUGGAAGGCACAGCUGCUUAACGACCAUGUGGCUGUAAAGAUCUUCCCCAUUCAGAAUAAGCAGUCCUGGCAGAAUGAGUAUGAAAUAUUUAAUUUGUGCGGGAUGAAACACGAGAACAUCCUCAACUUCAUCGGAGCUGAGAAGAGAGGAAACGGCAUGGACAUCGAGCUUUGGCUUAUUACAGCCUACCAUGAGAGGGGCUCGCUGACUGAUUACCUGAAGGCUAACGUGGUGUCGUGGAAUGAGCUGUGUCACAUAGCUCAGACUUUUGCGCGAGGUUUGGCCUACCUGCACGAGGACAUCCCGGGCCUGAAGGACGGCCACAAACCCGUCGUCUCACACAGGGAUAUAAAGAGUAAGAACAUACUGUUGAAGAACAAUCUCACGGUUUGCAUUGCUGAUUUUGGCCUCGCUCUGAAGUUUGAAGCGGGAAAAUCUGCAGGUGAUACACACGGCCAGGUGGGUACUCGCCGUUACAUGGCUCCAGAGGUGUUAGAAGGAGCCAUAAAUUUUCAGCGAGACGCCUUCCUGAGGAUUGAUAUGUACGCUGCGGGACUCGUGCUGUGGGAACUAGCGUCUCGCUGCACUGCGGCCGACGGUCCAGUAGAUGAGUAUGCGCUGCCGUUCGAGGAGGAGGUGGGUCAGCAUCCCUCGUUAGAGGACAUGCAGGAAGUCGUCGUACACAAGAAACUCAGACCCACUUUAAGAGAAUACUGGCAGAAACAUGCGGGUUUGGCCUCUCUGUGCGAGACCAUAGAGGAGUGCUGGGAUCACGAAGCCGAGGCCCGUCUCUCAGCCGGCUGCGUAGAGGAACGCAUCAUCGCCAUGCAGCGACAGACCAACCUCAUCGCCCCCGAUGACCUCCUCACCGUCGUCACCAUGGUGACCAACCUGGACUACCCUCCCAAAGAGUCCAGCCUAUGAUGGAGCACUUCAUCGGGCCAAUCAGACCUUGUGGGCAGUACGAGGUAGAGCUCGGUGUGCUGCAAGCAGCUCCUGCUCCGAGUGCAUGUACGCACAAAGACACUCGAGCGUGUGUGAGACUGUUGAAUUCUUUACAGACUCCGGGAGGGAAAGAAAAAGACAUGGAAACUAAUCUCACACACACACACAUAUAAAUAUUAAGGACCUUCACAUGGGAGGCUCAAGAAAGGAAGUCGCCGUUUGCAUCAACGUGUUCUUUUACCACAAGCGGACAACAUUUUUUCUUUUUUAGAGUGAAGACUUAAAAAAAAAAAAAAUGAUUCAAAUACAUUUUGGUUUUAGUAUGAAAAGGGCAACACUCAUAUAUACUGCAAUUGCUUUUUUCCCUCCUCCUGCAACUUCUUACCAAUCAUUAUCGUAAUGCCAAUAAGAAAGUGCUUCUGAAUGUCUAAGACUACUGCUCUCACACACACACACACACACACACACACACACACACACACACACACACACACACAGGAAACAGAAAUACACAAGUGUCUCCUUGUGUUCCCAUGAACAAAAAUGUUAGUUUCUAUGCAACAUUUGAUUUUGAGAUUUUCAUUCACUUUAUGCAAAUAACCGUAGGCAACAAACGAAAACGAUUGGCUCGUGAAUUUCCCCCGUCGGCCAAUAGAGUAAGUAAUUGAGUUAUGUUCCUCAACUAUAACACACUCACCACUGAGGUGCUCAGGUGCAUCUGAACAGAAUCAGGUUCAUCAGGUGAUUUGGCAACACACACACACACACACACACUUCCAACACACACAAAACAUUUCCGCUUUUCCAUAUCGGCUUUAUUUCUUUGUCACAUUCUAAUCAUGUUUUGUUUUUGUUUUUUUUUGUCCCUUUUCUUUUGCCUGAUUGAGGGUGCUGCUCAAGCUGUGAAGGGUAACCCGGGUGGGAUCGGGGUAACUUUUGUCGUAGUCUCUUAUGGUUUCAACUACAGAGUGAUGGAGUCACUUUGAAAUGCGUUGCUGGUUUUUAGACGGCUGACUGAGAGCUGUUUUUUUUUUUUUUUUUUGGUAUACUAUAUUUUUAUUUGAUUUUUCUCUCCCAACAUCUCUGUUUUUGAUCUCUUUCUCUUGGUCUCACUCACUCGCAGCUCAGCUGCUCUGGUUUUCAUGAUACGCCUCAGGUAACCUCUCGCUACUUUCUCUCUCUACUUCUCUGCUCUGUCCAUUCUGGUGCCAUCGAAAACAAAAAUCCGUCUCUCGUUCGAUUUCAUCCUCUACACAUUUCAUGACACUACACCUUUUUUCGUUUUUUUGCGCUUUUUCUCUCACCCACCCCCGUACGGAAACACUACAUCAGUAUUCAGGGAUUCAGCACUAUGCGUUCGUAAAACUACAGCUCUUAUGCAAUCAUGCCAGGUGCAACAGCAACUUCUCUAACCGUAGCAUUAUUAUUAUUUUUCCCUAAAAACUUUAUUUAUUUUCAUGCUACAGCGGGUGCCAAUACUUUAAAACACAUACUAAAUACAUAUAAAAAAAACUGAUCUCCAAAUGAUGAGAAAGAUGCAGAAAUAGUGACACUACAGUAUCUCAACACACUGUACGGUAUUGCAGAGGAAAUGGGUGCUUUAUUGCUAUUAUGUCACGUGUGUGUGUGUGUGAUUUCGUAGCCUGUUUGAGGAGCAACAGGAGUGUACAGACAUUAUUGUGCUGUGAGCUCACAGUAAACACACGUCUGCUUCGCAUCACUAGGAGACGGUGUGUGUUUGUAAGGGCGGAGUUAAGCUCGAAGUGUGUGUAACACUUUCAUCUUCAGCCGAGCCUGCUGGUUUUUAAUGACCGUGGCCGAGCCGCGCGAGCGAGCGUCACAGGCCUCCUGAAGCUGCACAUAGCUGUAAAUACAGUGUGAAUGUCGUCUGUCGUAGAUGACCUAUAUACCAUCGAGUUUUAUUUUCAAUGGUAAUCGCAAGGCAAAAAAAAUAUUCCUUUUGUUUUCGAGAAAUAGUGAGAUGUUCCAGUUUUAUAUAUAACUAGAUUUUGGGUCGUAUUAAUUUAUGUCAAGCCCCAAAAAACGUCACUUAAAACCCUGCUGUGAAUCGUUGGGGUUUCUUUUGUUUAUAUUAUUUUGUGUUUUAUAUAUAAAUUGAAAUAUAUUCUCAAUUCGAAUGAAAUCGACGCUAGACAGGACGUGAGCUAAUACGUUACUGUGCGUAGAACAGUAGGGCUGCACAAUGUGACGGAUCGGCACUUAAAGGUGAAGUUUCUGAUCUUUUAAACUUUCUUACAGGGUUUUUAAUUUUUUUUGCUAGCCGAAGUUUUACGUACAGGUAGUCCACAAUUUACGAUGAAGAUGCGUUGAAAAUAUCGUAAUUCCCGUCAAAUUACAGUACUUAAUUUAACAAAUUAGUACAUGAUUUAUCGAUACAGAGCAAUUUACAGUACCGUAAUAUAUAUAAAGUAUACAGAUUAUACGUGUGUUGCAGCGGUGGCAUGGACGACUGGCGAUGUGCGAUAAAUUGUCAUCUACGAAUACAAGAAUAAACUCGUAGCACUACGAGAAUAAAACGCGCCGCCGUUUAGCUCCUUCACGGUCGGAUUCUUUGACCGUCGUCCUCAUAGUCUUUUGAGGAACUACAUCAUCUCUUCUAAUAGCACGCAGAUGUAACCAUCGAUACCAUUCAGACUGCGCAAAAGAGAAUUUAAUCAAUGAUUGUCUGAUUUUUUUAUUCUGUAUUCAUUGUUUUCGUUUAACGUCUCGUAUCGCAUAUACGUUGCUACGUUUACCUCUGGCGUGAAACUUCAAAUAUUUGUAAUUUUGUCGUAAAAUCGAAAAAUCAUACGUCGAACCAUUGUAACUCAGGGACUACCUGUACAAGAGGUUAUGCGGCAUUACCUCAUCCCCCAGCUCUGCCCACAAGCCCUGUGCGUUUCAGAGGUGCCGAUAUUUUUAACAGAUCAGGCAAUCAGGAAAAUAAUUUUAGCACAUUUUUAUUGGCUCUCAAUUUGCAUUAAUUCAUCCGGCCUCUUUUUUUUUCCCUGUGAAUUGAACGACUGAUGCUUUAGGCAAGAAAAAAAAGGUUCUAUGUACAGGUUCAGAGCACGAAGCUAAGUCUAUUCAUGAAGUCUCGACUUUUCCAUUGCAGUUGUAAUUCACUUUCCAGCCAGCAGAGGGCUGCCCUGAGAGUAACUGCUCCUGUCCAAGCAGCCCUCUACAGACUGGAAAGUGAAUUACAACUGCAAUGGAAAAGUCGAGCGAUCGAACGAAUUGUGCAGCCCUACGCUGCAGUACACACACGUUAUUUUAGGAUCGUCCUCGAGAUCCAUCCGUGUGAUCCUCCGUGUGAUCCAGGCUCACGUGAGGGAGGAAUCAGUAAAGAAAGCAAGAAAUCUGAUCCUGGGUCCGACUAGUUUGAGAUCGGAUUGUGAGAUCUGCCAUGAGAUUAAGCAAGCAGUGUUUUUAUUUUUAAACCCGAACGCAUUACCUCUGUGACGGAGCCCGGUUCUCUCUCUCUCUCUCUCUCUCCUAUUCUCUCUCUGUCGCACUGUGGAGUCUCAGCUUCUGAUCUGGGAACAGGUUUGAAGGAGUGCUUGUUAAAUACUGUACAGAUGAAAUGUAUGCUCUUCCCUUCAAUAAAGUGACUGCUCUGUUCGA